AAGAAGAAUCCUAAACUGUUGGCUAAGAAAUUAAUCAAAUAAUGCGAGUUACAUAAAGAAAAUGACAACCCAUUUCCAUUAUUUAUCUCUCUUCUUCAAAUCGUCAUAUCCAAUCUCCUUAAUAUAUUUCUUUUGAUUCUAAUAUGUUUCUGCCUUUUUAUUAUUUUAUUUAUCAGACUUCUGUUUUAAAGUUGAAGCUUUCGAUCUAUUUAUCUCAAAGAUAAAAUGAUGAUGAUGACAAUGGAAGGGAUGAUGGAUAAAUCAGCAUUGGAUGAUAUAAUAAGGAGGCUAUUGGAGGGCAGAGGGGGAAAGCAGGUGCAAUUAUCAGAGGGAGAGAUCCGCCAACUUUGUGUCAACGCUCGCCAACUUUUCUUAUCUGAACCUAUGCUUCUUGAGCUUCAUGCUCCUAUUCGCAUAUGUGGUGAUAUUCAUGGUCAAUACCAAGACCUCCUCAGACUAUUCGAACAUGGUGGUUACCCUCCUGCUGCAAACUACCUCUUUCUUGGGGAUUAUGUUGAUCGAGGCAAGCAAAGUUUGGAGACAAUAUGUUUGCUUUUGGCAUAUAAAAUAAGAUAUCCAGACAGAAUUCACCUCUUAAGGGGAAACCAUGAAGACCCUAAGAUUAAUCGGGUUUAUGGAUUUUAUGAUGAGUGUAAAAGGAGAUUUAAUGUUAGGCUUUGGAAAAUUUUUACUGACUGCUUUAAUUGCUUGCCUGUGGCCGCACUCAUUGAUGAGAAGAUACUUUGUAUGCAUGGAGGACUUUCUCCAGAGUUGCAAAAUUUGGACCAAAUUGGGCAAAUCACUAGGCCUACUGAAAUUCCUGAAAAUGGUCUCCUCUGUGAUCUGCUAUGGUCUGACCCUAAUGGUAACAUUGAGGGCUGGGCAGAUAGUGAUCGAGGUGUUUCAUGCAUCUUUGGACCGGAUAUAGUUGCUGACUUCUUGGAAAAAAAUGAUCUUGAUCUCAUUUGCCGGGGCCAUCAGGUGGUGGAGGAUGGAUACGAGUUUUUUGCUAAACGAAGAUUAGUUACAAUUUUUUCAGCUCCAAACUAUGGUGGGGAAUUCGACAAUGCUGGUGCUCUAUUGAGUGUCAAUGAAGCGCUUGUGUGUUCCUUUCAGAUAUUGAAGCCAUCUGAUAAUACAGCAUCUGCAAGUGGUUCUAAUUCGCGGGUGACGCCUCUUAAGAAAAUUGGCUAAAGAUUCCAAACCUCAUUUCAUUAUCAUUCUUUGAACAGCCCCCGAAAACUGGGAAGGCUUGAUAUGGAACCAGGGAUUUCUGGCCAUUUUCUUUUAGUUCAAAUAUGAGAUACAGAAAGCUUGCUUCAUGCUAGAGUUUCAAUUCUUUUAAGACAUGGAACUGAGCCUUAAGACUAGCGGAGCAUGUCCAAAAGUUAAUUGCAAUGGGAGGUGUUAUGAAAAAGAAUAGAAGAAUCUGUAAAUCAACAAAACACAUCUUCUAUGCAAGAAAAGGAAUUUUUUGCGUUUGGCAUCCUUUGAUCUCUUUUUGCAACAGCUGAUUUGGUAUAGGUAUGAUUUGCGAAAUGUCUUCCCUUGAUUUUUGUUUCAGUAUUUGUAAUUAAAUUAUGCCAUUUGUGGUUUGCUCAGCUCUCUCCUAUUAGCAGGGUGGCUCCUAUUAAAGAGCUAAACUUUGUACAUAACAUGAGAUGUUUCAUUUCCAACCAUUUCCAACGUUAAGAAGAA